UUCCCUCCAAUAUUAUUACCGACACGUAUCGUCGUCCAUGGCGGCGGUGGCGCCGGAGCACGAGCAGCGGCAGGGGCGCUGCAGGGUGAACCUGCCGGCGGAGCCGCGGCCGUUCGGCUCGGCGCUGCGGGCGGGGCUGAAGGAGACAUUCUUCCCCGACGACCCGUUCCGGGGGAUCGGCGGGCUGCCCCCGGCGCGGCGGGCGUGGCGGGUGGCGAGGUACUUCGUGCCGGCGCUGGACUGGGUGGCCGGGUACUCGGCCGAGAGCUUCUGGUACGACCUCCUCGCCGGCGUCACCAUCGCCAGCCUCUCCAUCCCGCAGGGCAUCAGCUACGCCACCCUCGCCGGCAUCCCGCCGGUCAUCGGCCUCUACUCGUGCUUCGUGCCGCCGCUGGUGUACGCGGCGAUGGGGAGCUCGAAGAACCUCGGGGUGGGGCCGGUGGCCACGUCGUCGCUGCUGGUGGCGUCCAUCGUCGGCGGCAAGGUGAGGGCGUCCGACGACCCGCGGCUCUACACGCAGCUCGUCUUCACGUCGGCCUUCUUCACCGGCGUCCUGCAGGCGGCGCUGGGGUUCCUCCGGCUGGGGAUCCUGGUGGAUUUCAUGUCGCGGCCGGCGAUCACCGGGUUCAUGGGCGGCACGGCGGUCGUCAUCAUGCUGCAGCAGCUCAAGGGCUUGCUCGGCAUGACACACUUCACCACCAAGACCGACGUCGUCUCCGUCCUCCGCUUCGUCUUCCACAACACGCACCUGUGGCAGUGGCAGAGCACCGUUCUUGGUGUCUGCUUCCUCGUCUUCCUCGUCAUCACUGAGCAAGUGAGACGAAGACGGCCAAAGCUGUUCUGGGUUUCAGCGAUGUCUCCUCUGCUGGUUGUCAUCGUAGGAUGCGUCUUCUCUUUUCUGAUCAAGGGCCACAAGCAUGGCAUCCCUAUCGUUGGUACACUGAAGCGAGGCAUCAACCCAAGCUCGAUCUCACAACUCAAGUUCCAGUCGGAGUACGUGGGCGUCGCCAUGAAGGCCGGGUUCGUGUCAGGGAUGCUCGCCUUAGCGGAAGGCGUCGCCGUCGGCAGGAGCUUCGCGACGAUGAAGAACGAGCGCAUCGACGGCAACAAGGAGAUGGUCGCCUUCGGCCUCAUGAACCUCAUCGGCUCCUUCACCUCCUGCUACAUCACCACCGGCGCGUUCUCGAAGACGGCGGUGAACUACCACGCCGGGUGCCGGACGGCGAUGUCGAACGCGGUGAUGUCGGUGUGCAUGGCGCUGGUGCUGCUGGCGCUGGCGCCGCUGUUCCGGUACACGCCGCUGGUGGCGCUGGCGGCGAUCAUCACCAGCUCCAUGCUCGGGCUGAUCAAGCACCGGGAGAUCCGCUGCCUGUACAAGGUCGACAAGGCUGACUUCGCCGUCUGCGCCGCGGCGCUCCUCGGCGUCGUCUUCUCCACCAUGAUCACCGGCCUGGGGAUUGCCGUGGCCAUCUCCGUGCUCAGGGCGCUCCUCCACGUGGCGCGGCCGGCGACGAGCAAGCUCGGCCGCGUGCCCGGCGGCGGCGGCGCCGAUGACACCUUCCGCGACGUGGCGCAGUACCCCGGCGCGGUGACCACGCCCGGCGUCCUCGUCCUGCAGGUCGGCUCGCCGAUCUACUUCGCCAACGCCGAGUACCUCCGGGAGAGGAUCGCGCGGUGGGUGGAGGACGAGGAGAGGAUCGCCGGCGACGACCGCGGCGAGGACCUGCUCUACGUCGUCCUCGAUAUCGGUGGCGUGACGGCGAUCGACAGCCCCGGGAUCGAGAUGCUGCGGGAGGUGCACGGGAAGCUCGAGAGGAAGGGGAUAAAGAUGGCGGUGACGAACCCGAGGAUGGAGGUGGCGGAGAAGCUGGUGCUGUCGGGCUUUGCGGAGCUCGUCGGCGAAAGCUGGAUGUUCCUCUCCAAUGGCGACGCCAUCGCGGCGUGCCAGUACACGCUUCAGGGCUCCAAGCAUGGCGGCGGCGUCCCUCCGGUGUAGAUCCCCAAGCUGGCGG